GCCGAGCCGAGCCCGAGCCGUGGCGUGGCGGCGGGCGGCGGCUCCAGCCUGGCCCCGGCGGAGGUGUGGAGCGGCAGGUUUCUACAGAGUAACGUGUACAGCUGUGGGACUUGGGCAUUACAUCUAACCAAAAAGAGCAAUGAUAAAAGGAACUGCGGCACCUAUUAAAAGUAAAGGAAUACUUCUCUGACUGAUGGAAAGCAGGAUCAGCAUGACACCUGUGAUUUGGAACUCAGAAGCCUUGUAGAAGGACAAACAUUUGUAAUUGGAGGAGUCAGUACUCAAACAGUUGUUUCCAAUGUAGAUCUCUACUGAAGGACUGGAGUUCACAGAUUGUCAUGAGUGUGGUGUGGAGCUUUACCUGUGUGUUUCCCUUAAUGUGAAGCAGAAUGAACGGAAGAGGUUCUUGUAUCAGUUUUCAGCCCGCUGGAGUGAAGAGAUACGUCAGUGCACCAAUGACUAACAAGUAUGACUGAAAGUACUAAUCAAGAGAGCUGGCAAGCAUGAAUUUUGAUGCUGACCGUUCUGUUGUCCUCUGAACUAAACAGAUAUUCAAAUCUGGCACGAAGUAGAACAUGAAGGAGACUACAGACAGAUUGCAAUAAAUAUUCUGUAAUUGUUUCUCUUGCAAUCUUGCUUUUUCUCUUUGUUUAUAGUCAGAGCUAAUUUAGACUGUUUUAACUUCCUCCAGGCAGGGUCCCAGCUGAUUGGAGCACUUGAUGCUCUUUCUAAGUUAGACUAGUUAAGGUGGGGAAAUGCCUCUGCUGUCAGAGUGCUGCCAGAGCCUGGGCCUGAAUGCAGCAAACUGUCUCCAAGUUGAAUCUUUAAAUGGAACCAUUGAUAAAUGAAGAUGAAACCAUGAAGAGAAAGCAGAACAAAUAAUAAUGCUUUUCCGAAACCGUUUUCUGUUCUUGCUGGCUUUGGCAGCCUUAUUAGCCUUUCUGAGCCUCAGUCUACAGUUCUUGCAUUUAAUCCCAGUAAACCCCAUCAGAGAAAAUGGGUUGAAUCCUAAGAGCCGAAAGAGAAUAAUGCCUGAUUUGCUGACUGAGCCUCCUGCAAUAGAUCCUGUCUAUGAAGCUCAUGUUUACUGCAAUAUUCCCACCAUUGCUGAACACAGCAUGGAAGGUCACGCACCCCAUUAUUUUAAGCUAGUGUCAGUUCAAGUGUUGAUCAGACAUGGUGAUAGGUAUCCUCUCUAUGCCAUUCCCAAGACCAAGAGACCUGACAUUGACUGUAUGUUGCUGCCUAGCAGGAGACCUUCUCAUCCUCAGCUUGAAGCUUUCAUUAAACAUAUGUCCAAAGGAUCUGCAGCCCAAAUGGAUGGUUCCUUAAGCAGCCUGCCUCGUUACCCUAGUCAUUCUUUGUGUGAAAUGGGAGAGCUUACACAGACAGGGGUUGUGCAGCACUUGCGGAAUGGGCAACUAUUACGAGAAAUUUACAUAAACAAACAUAAACUGCUUCUGAGUAACUGGACAGCAAAACAGCUGUACUUGGAGACAACAGGAAAAAGUCGAACCCUGCAGAGUGCAUUGGCGCUGCUCUACACCUUUUUGCCAGAUUUCGACUGGAGGAAAAUUAACAUGAGGCAUCAGUGGAGCACCAUUUUUUGCUCUGGAAGCUGCGACUGUCCGAUGCGAAACCACUACCUAGAAGAGGAACAGCGCAGACAGUACAGUUUACGGGUGAAAAACAAUGAUUUGGAGAAAAUAUAUGUGGAUAUGGCAAAGAUUGUAGGCAUUCCCACCAGGCAGCUGAGAGCUUCCAACCCAAUAGACUCUCUCUUGUGCUAUUUUUGCCACAAUGUCAGUUUUCCGUGUACCAAAACUGGAUGCAUUGGUAUGGAACACUUCAAAGUAAUCAAAAGACAUCAGUUGGAGGAUGAGAGAGAAAGACAGGAAAAGAAACUUUAUUUCUUGUAUGCAGUACUGGCUACUCAUCCACUCCUCAACCAGACUGUUAACCGGCUGCAGCGUAUUGCAGAAGGCAAGAAAGAAGAAGUAUUUGUUCUUUACUCUGCACAUGAUGUCACGUUGUCACCUGUUCUCAGUGCCUUGGGCGUUACAGAGGCCAGAUUUCCUAGAUUUGCUGCCAGAUUAGUUUUUGAGCUUUGGCAGGAUGGGAAGAGACCCAAAGAACACUUUAUCCGCAUCCUGUACAACGGUGCUGAUGUCACAUUCCAGACCUCGUUUUGCAAGGAUUAUUAUAAACGUUCCAGCAAGCCAAUGUGCCCACUAGAAAAAUUUGUCAGCUUUGUCAAGAGGGAUAUGUUCUUAAUUUUUAACAGCACUAGUUAUUAUGAUGCAUGUCGUAGAAGACCACUGUAGGGACCGUGAAAAAGAAGCAAUGUUAACUCAUGUGUCAGUAAAAGUCUGUUCUGGUUGAGGCACAGCUCAGUUUUGUUAUUUCUUGUACUUGGAUGUACGAGUACAAAAGGAUAUUGCUUGAAACAUUCUUGAAAUAGUUUCAUUCAGACUGCAUAUGGUCUCCAGUAGAAGAAGAGUACUGAGGGAAUGUUAUGGGUACAUGUAUGCUCACAUCUGUGAUGACAAAUCACAGGGGCUACUGUAACCUGUAGGUCGCUUGAGAAAGAGAAAGCAUAGACUUUGUUUCUCUGUAGUCCAGAGCAAUGCUUUGAUCCCGUAAGUGUAAAACAAAAACCUUUUAUUUUUUCACCAUCAUCUCACAGUCAUUUUAAGCAGUUUGUAUCAAGGUCUUUAUGAAUUCCAGAUAUCUCCGGUAAACCAUUUGUAAGGAAUUCUCGAAGUUCACUAGUAAAAAAGAAGCUUUCUCGUGUUUAGAGGCAAUUCUUUGAAGCAAAGUGCAUGUGUGUAUCUGUGCAUACUUACCUGAGCAUGUACAACCAACCAUGUGCCUUUUUCACCUCACAGACCUAUAAAUACUUGGUUACUGGUGCCAUUGCCAGAGAAGGGUAUACUGGAAAAUAGAUACAAAACUGUAUUCCUUGAUCGCACUUUCAGCACUUUGAAUAGUUCAAAAACAGUCUAGAAAUAAGUAAAGGUCAUGUGACAGUAACUUAGAUAGCAAACACUAAUGUUACCAAUGAGCCUGAGUGGGAAAUUAGGACUAGAAAUCAGUUUUAUGGUGAAGUGUUGGACUCUUUCCUGUUGUGAAUGUGUUCAAGCUGUUGUGCUGUGGAACAAAUCGGUGUUUUAGGAAUUUGAUAUAGUGACUGUUUGAGACAGCUUGACUAAACACUAUGAAAAUUUUGUAGCUGGGUUAGUAUUUUUAUGGGCUAGGAAGUUCUUAUUUUGUAAGAUCAGCCUUGUACAUAUUGUACUGUGUAUAUUUAUAACACAGUAGAUCUUUCUUACUUGUUUAGUUUGUAAAGGCUUGUGAAGCUCACUUUUAGACUUUUUUCCCCUUGAUCAGGAUGUUUAGACUUUAAGAACAAACUGUCUUUUAUGGGUAACUUGAACAAUGAGUAGGUAUGAAAACUUGUACUUCAGACUGCUUUCAACUCUCUAGGAGUGGUAAAUUGAGAACCAAUUUUUAAUAGAACUCUUAGAAAUUUUGUAAUGGUGGAGAUUUUUUACACCUCUAGAAAUACUUCAGUGUGUGACUUGUGACUCAGUGGUGCUAGUUUGUCAAAGAAAACAAAACUCAGCAUAAGUUCUCUCACUGUUGGCAUUCCACUCUCUGUUUUCAAUGCUGCAUUUGACCAUGUUUCUUGAAAUAAAAUUUUGG